UACUUGGCCCCGCCCUCUCUGCUCGCACCAGUGUGGCUGUCAACAAUGCUGGCCUGCAGGAGGAGUGUUGUGCGACUCUCGUCAGGGAGGAAAUUUACGUCAUGCCUCGAUGACAGCUCCCGGUGGCGGCGACAUUCGAGCACUGGCAUGUGUCUCGAGUACAGCAGAAACGGUGACCCUGAGAAAGUGGUCGUGAUGAAAGAAACAACCUUGCCGGUGCCGACUGGAAACCAGGUGUUGAUGAAGAUGCUAGCAGCACCUGUCAAUCCGGCAGAUAUCAACACCAUCCAAGGGGUUUAUGCUGUGCAGCCUUCACUUCCUUCCAUCCCUGGCAAUGAAGGUGUUGGCGAGGUGAUGGCAGUUGGGGAUGAGUGUGGUGAGAUCCUACAGCCAGGAGACUGGGUCAUUCCACGAGUCAAUGCCAUGGGCACCUGGAGGACACACAUUGUUGCUCCACACACAGAUCUUAUCAAGGUUCCCUCCAAUGCUGACAUGGUGACAGCUGCCACAAUAGCAGUCAAUCCUGGAACAGCUUACAGGAUGCUCAAAGACUUUGUUCCAAUGAGUUCUGGUGACACAGUCAUACAGAAUGGGGCAAACUCUGCUGUGGGUCAGGCAGUUAUUCAGAUUGCUGCAGCAUUAGGCAUUAACACCAUCAAUGUGGUGCGCAAUCGGCCAAACAUUCAUCAACUCAAGGACUACUUGACAAGAUUAGGAGCAACUGUCGUGGUAACUGAGGAGGAGCUCAGGAAGAGUGAAAGUGUCAAGGCUCUCCCACCUCCACGGUUGGCUUUGAAUUGUGUGAGUGGUCGGAGUGGCACUGAAAUACUCCGGCAGCUGGCACACGGAGGAGUCAUGGUCACAUAUGGUGGCAUGUCUCGACAGCCUGUUAUUGGACCAGUUGGAUCUCUGAUCUUCAGUGAUGUCACUCUUCGAGGCUUCUGGAUGACUCGGUGGAACAAAGAGCACUUCAAUGACUCUGAACGACAACAAAUGGUGGAUGACCUCUUCCAGUUGGCACAGAGUGGGAAACUAAAGCCUCCAGACAACACACUUGUUCCUUUUGCUGAUUACAUUGUUGCCCUGAAGAAUGCCAUGCCGAAAGAAGGUAUGUUGGGGAAGAAGCAGAUACUUCUAUUUUAGUUCCAAUAAGAUAUUCAAUUCAUACAUUGAUGGCAUAUCCCUUAACUGCAUACAGUUAGGAGCUUUGAAUUUGAUGAGAUAUCAGCUGUGAAACAAAAUUAAAGUUUGGAUUUAGUGUAUAUCAAGAUAUUGUAUUCCCAAGGUUUAAUCCCUUCAAUACUUGGACACAUUUUUUCCCUGGGAUUUGUAUAUGAAUAGACCAUUUUAUUGACAUUAAGAAGGGUCUAUGGAGGUUAGAAGAUUAAUGGCCAGUGUUCACUAUUUUAGUCCCCCACAUAAGUUUCUGAAGCUGUGAAAUCACCAAAUAGUAAGCAGAAUGAAUAUGAAAAUGCAUCAUAGUACUCAAGGGAUUAAGUAUUUAAUUUCUGUAUUUCUCCUUUCAAUGUUGUCACAGUAAAUCCUUGAAUUAUUGUUAAGCAUUUCCACAAAAACUGUGAAAUUAUACAAAGUUUCUGCUUUCCCCAACACCACAAGGGAGAAAGAUUAGGAGUCUGGAUGGUAGUUAUAGUUUGAAUCUAUUUCAGAGGGAUGUAAUUCAUGUAAGAUGCAAGUAUUAUGAUGAGUGCAUUUUGUUCAUAAGUAAGCCAGUAAGUAAGGCUAUAUUGAGACAAUUUGGGCUUAACUCUUGCCACACCAUCUUCUAUUCACUAUGAAUGAAUGGGUACUGUAUCUUUGCCACCGGAGCACAACCAGACGUGGCAAUGCUCUCGCCCUUCGAUAGGCUUGGGUUUUGGAAUUUCAUCUAGGGAUGCAUCAAAUUGACUUUGUAUUCUGACCAAAAUCUUAAUUUAAAAGAAACCCCAUAAUACAAAUACAAAUAAGGUGGUUCCUAAUAAAUGGUAAUUUAACAGGAAUACUAAAUCAGUUCAUCAUAUUUCAAAAUGAGGCGGUCCUGUGUACUUCAGCCUGCAAGUGAGUGUGUCAUAUUACUGAUAUCAUGUUUGUCAUUUAAUUGCAAAAUUACUGGAGCCAAAUUCUGUACAGAAAAUAAGAAAACUCACAAACUUGUAGAGCUAAGGGUUCUAAUCUUGUAGGUGGUACAGUGUAGUGCAGCACAAUCUCAAAUGGUGUAUCCCAACAUAAUGAAGUAAGAAAAAUCAA